GGAAGCUGUCACUGUGAAACAGUACGAUGGACAGCGCGCUUGGAAAGCGCAGAGCAUGUGCUCUGCCAUUGCGCCACAUGUCAGAAACUUGGAGGCGGACCGUACUCAUGCAACCAAAUCAUCCCGAGAGAUGAGCUCAACAUCGUUGUGGGUAAUGAGAAUGUCGGUGAAUACAAGUACAGGGGAUCAAGCGGGAAGUUUGUGCAUUGCUUUUUCUGCAAGACAUGCACAAGUCACAUCUAUCAUCACCAAGAUGUAAUGCCUGAGAAAGUCAUCGUGCGGACACUUUUGCUUGAAGGCGGAAGUAAGAUGCCGGCAACAGGGGAGAUAUUUGCAGAAGGGAGACUGGACUGGGUAAACGAGUUG